CUGAUAGCCUGCUAUAUAAGUGGAGCUUGAAGGGACAGAAAGCUGGCAAAGACUGGAAGUUAGUCUGUUAUACUUUAUCACUCGGGACAAGCUCCUGACCAAAAAUAAGUAAUUAUGGAUGAUAUUUACAAAGCAGCAGUCGAACAGUUGACUGAAGAACAAAAAAAUGAAUUCAAGGCGGCUUUUGACAUCUUUGUCCUGGGUGCAGAGGAUGGAUGCAUCAGCACAAAAGAGCUGGGAAAAGUGAUGAGAAUGCUGGGGCAGAAUCCUACCCCCGAGGAGCUACAGGAGAUGAUUGACGAAGUAGAUGAAGAUGGAAGCGGCACUGUAGAUUUUGAUGAGUUCUUAGUUAUGAUGGUGAGAUGUAUGAAGGAUGACAGCAAAGGAAAGUCUGAAGAGGAACUUUCAGAUCUCUUCAGAAUGUUUGAUAAAAAUGCAGAUGGGUACAUUGACCUGGAUGAAUUAAAGCUCAUGCUACAGGCUACAGGAGAAACCAUAACUGAAGAUGACAUUGAGGAGCUGAUGAGAGAUGGAGACAAAAAUAAUGAUGGCAAGAUUGACUAUGAUGGUGAGUGACCACAGAAUUCCUGGAAUUCAUGAAAGGUGUUGAGUAAACCUGAACUUUCUGGAAGAUCAAGCGCAUCUUUGAACACCCACCUUUAAUUUCAUCUUGAGUCAUUUCAUCAGUUCUGUUUCCUUUGUUCUUUGCAUGGCAUCAUGUGCUGAACAUGGUGAACAUCAGGAAAAUACAAAAGCAUCUCUUAAGUGCCUCAAACGGUCAAUCUAUGGGUAUUUAUUUAGUUGGGUUACUGGAAUUCUAUUAUUGCUUUUAGUUCUAUUGAUCAUAAUGUAUGAAUUAAGAGUUACAGUGAAUAGUUAGGCUUGAAUGACUGUUGAGACAUUUAAGAAUAAGAACAUUUAAGCCAAAUAUUCUGAUCUAAGAAUAGAACAUCCAAGCUCUUCUUUUCUGUACCUCAUCCC